AUGUUAAAACGCUACAGCUCCUUCAGCGUGACGGACUGGGAUGGAGACGGGCAGCUCGAUUUGAUUGUAGGAUGCUGGAAUGGCACACUCCGUUUCUUUAAGGGUACUGCGGGACAUCUCCAAGAACUCACUGGUUCAGACAAUCCCUUUGCCAAGAUCAGCGUGGGCAGACGUCCUGACCCUUUUGCUGUCGACCUUGAUGAUGAUGGACGGCCUGAUCUAGUAGUGAAGAACAACGCGGGGCGGCUCUACUUUUACCAGCGCGGCAGUUGCAAGGUGCACUACGGCUGUGGCCACGAGCAGCAGGAAGUGAAAGGUUUCUGCCAGGCCUCGGGCCAAUGUUCUUGCAAGAAUGGCUACCGCGGGCCUGACUGCACGCAAUGUGACGAUCUCUACUUUUCCAUUCGCACCGAGACAUCGCUAAGCUCCGUGUGUACAGCUUGCCCGGGUCUUCUGAGCUCCAACGUAUGCAAUCGACGAGGCCGCUGCCUGGAUGAUCAAAUGGCCAUGGACAACUCAAGCGGUUUGAACGGGCUUGGGCUGGGAAACGUUCGGCUCGGAGAGUGCAUUUGCAACGCACCUUUCUCAGGCGCAGAUUGUGGGGAAGGGAGCUGCCCGGCCGGACAGGCGCUGAAGCUGGACCCACAGAGUCCCAACAGCACCACCGCGUACCCUUUGUGGGAGGCCUGCCUCCCCUGCAGUCCAGGCCUUUUUAAGGAUCUGCCAGGCAACGCGCGUGGCUGCGUGAAAUGCCCAGUAGGCAAGUAUCAGGACCAGUCGGGCAGCUCCGAGUGCAAGUUGUGCCCAGCAGGCAAGUAUCAGACUGAUGUUGGAUCUUCUGUGUGCACCUUGUGCCCCCCCGGCAAGCAUUCCUCCCCGGGUUCCUAUUCCUGUUCGGCGUGUUUUGGUUGCAGCUGGUGGCAUUGGCCAGUCGCAACCUUCGGUUGCUGUUUGAUGCUUGUCCUGAUCUCCUUCGCCACUCGUGGAUGCCUGCGCUAUGGGAGGAAGAGGCGUGCUUCACAAGUUGCAGGUUGUCUCCGCGCUGAACUCCAUGAAAUGCAAAAGAGGGGCUUCACAGGCGAAGACGUGGUUUCCCAGCUUGCACCCAUUUGGGCCAACGCUCAAAACCAGGACCUUGGUGCCGUUAGCCAAGACAUCUUAGAUGCCUUGGUUGUCACCUUGCGAAGCUGCCGCAAGGACCUUUCUGCCAUACGGAGGAUCAAAGAAAGUGCUGAGAAGUGGGCCUGGCAUGAUGCUGCCCGCGCGGCUCAAGAUCUGUUGCUUGAGGCUCGCCGGGAGUCAGAGCUACGAGGUAUUGCACUCGAGUACAUCCUGCUAAACUUUGAAAACGAUGCUGCCAGCAAAAUUGUGCAGCGGGAGUGGCGAGAAGUAAAUGGCUUUGUUUGCACUUUGGACAGCUGCAUCAUGAGAUACAAGGGCACCCGCGAUGCACCACCCGCUGAAUGGGUCUGUGCCCCGACAGCCUCGCCGCCUGCAGAUCCGACCUUCACGCAAAUGGCGCCAGUUCUUGCCUUUGGUGAGCUGAGUGUGGGAUAUGGGCAGUUGUGUCCUCGAGACGGAGAGGUCCAUUGCAGCUUCGUGGAUGGUGUCCACGAGCAGGGUUCCAGCUUCCAAGCAAACCGCUUCCUGUCUUGGGUAUGGGGCUAUAAUCUUUCUACUGCCUGUGCCGCCUUGCGCACGUGGUGCGAUGACCAGAGAAGGGUCAACCCAGCUUUCCGUGCAGAGACCGUCGCAAUUUGGUGGUGCUUCUUCUGCAACAACCAAUUUCGUUUUCUCCAGGAUCAGAACAGGCAGACCACAGCAGAUCUUUCCGUUGUGUUUGGGGAUCGCUUGAAGUCUGUGGGAAGGAUGCUCAUCCUGAUGAAUGACUUGUUGCAACCAGAGUACGUGAAGCGUAUUUGGUGUGUGUUUGAGGUGUUUGUAGCGUCCACGAAUGACAUCCCCAUUUCAGUUCUGCUGCCGGAAGCUGCAGUGGGACGGCAUGCUCUGGUGUCCAUCGACCAGCUCAAGGCUACAUGUAAGGUGAACGCGGAGAAUGCCACUGCUACCUUCAAGGACGAUGAAGAUGGCAUUAAAGAUCUAAUUAGAAGUGAGCACGGCUCCUUUGCUUAUGUUAACAAAGUUGUGGAGCGUGCUCUGCUUUUUGAAGUCGUGCAAAUGGCACGAUGA